AUGGAUCCUCGCACACUCAAACAUUGGCUCAAUGAGCGCCCUGAUGCGGCGCUUCUGGAUGCCAUAGAUGGCAGGGAAGUCCAUCAAGACAUAUUACCUAUGCUCGAGGCGGAACUGCACCGUAGCUCGCAACGUCUUCAGCGGUUGAAGGAAUACCGCAACUCACUUGCAUCCUUCGCAUAUUGCCUGCAGCCCGAGAUACUCUCGAAUAUACUCCUCAUCUAUGCCAAGGAUAACGACAUGCUCUUCGAUUUACGAUGGACUCGGCUACUCCUUGUCUGUAGACGGUGGUAUGAUGUCGCCGCAAAUACCCAGAACCUUUGGAGCUACAUCGACGCCAGUGCAACUCCUAUCGGCUAUGGAGCCAAUAGACCUCUCCUCAGUCAAGAGCUCGAUGCUCGAGAUGUCAGACGCAUCGAAGCACAGCGGUCUCGCGCUGGACGAUCGCCGCUUUCGAUCAGGAUGCGGAUAUACGAUCCUCCUUCCGAUAUGAAGAUGGCGUACACAACCGUAUUCUGGGAGCCCUUCUGCUUGUCUUUCUUAGAUCUCGCCGCGGAACACUCUUACGUUUGCGAUCUUGUCCGAUCAAUGGCCCCUCUGCAUCACGCCAACCUCAAAACCCUCGCACUGCAUAGCUCCCCUAAGUUUGGGCCUGACCCGAGCCCACUGGAUAUACGAGAUCCAUUGGACGUUAUGCUACGGAACAACAUUCCCAGCCUACAGGACCUGUCCCUCUCUGAUAUCUCAUUCGACUGGACUCUCUUACAUGAUCUCCACACCCUGUGCAUCAAAUAUUAUAUGAGUGUGCCCGUACCAUUUGCUCUUCGCGACAUCGUCGCCGCUCUUGAGCAAUGUCCUCGGCUAAACACAUUGAAGCUCGUACUGCCAACGGACUUCGAGCUUGGUGGCACAGCGGGCUUUGACCCCGUACCGAUGACCUGUCUUUACACGGUCAUCGUGCAAAGCAUGGUUCUGACGGCGUGCACUGAGCUGCUCCAGUCGCUCAGUCAUCUGCCGAGCUCGGCCAGGAUUAUCGUCUGCACUCCAGGCACGGCAGAUGUCCAGUCAAUCUCUUCGUUGGCGUCCUACAUAGGCGACCACGCAUCAUCAGAGGGUGCCCCUCCCAUCCGUUCUGUUGGAUUGAAGCUAUCUCCGAUCCCUCAACCGCCCGGUUUUGGCAAUGAAGAGCUACCCCCUAUCUUGCCCGACGCGCGGCUCGGCAUUGUCGGGGAAAGGUGGCUGGAACAUGACAGAAGAGAUGAGCACCAUCACUGGGUGGAAGUGCCCUAUGAAAAUGCCGAGAAUGCGUAUAUCGGUCUUGACGUGGGCAUUCCCGUGUUCUCAAGCGACCAUAUCCUAUCAAAUCUCUUGGAAUUAUUGCCACUUUCCGAGACCACGCAUCUUGAUCUACGAUCAGCCCAUGAGCUAUCCACGAGCCAUCUCAACAUGUUGUUUAUAGCUCUACCUGCGUUAACGACUGUGAUCGUUGAUCUCAAGCCUUCAGCAGUCAAGGCUCUCGUGGUGGCUCUUCGUGCACACCUGCGAAAUCAUGGACGAACGGGUGCCACGCGUAUCGUCCUUGAUCAUGGUCGCUCAACCCAAAAUAUUGGGUGGGAUGGCGUGGGGCAGCCGUUGGCAGGCGUACAAGCUCGAGGUGCUCUCGUACGCGUCAUGACGUUCUGCGCAGAAUCAGCGCGCGCAGGAGCACCUCUGGAGGCCGUCGAGCUCGUCCAUGAGCCACAACAAUCGAGAUAUCGCGUUCUCGAAUCUCCUUCGGACAUGGACUGGAGUGAGCUUAGUCGGGAUCUUCAAGACGGAUUCAUUCACCAGGGAGUAUUGCAUAGUUGUAGGCCGGAUCUUGACGGGGCGAAAAGGGACUUGUUUAUGACACUUGACGAAUGA